AUGGAAAAAGAGUUAGAAACAAGUGUGCAAGUAAUGAAAGACAAAUCUGCUAAUGGUGAAAAUGCCUUAGAGAAAUAUGAAAAUCAUUCAGGAACAGAGAGAUCAAGACUUAACAGACAAGAGAUCAACAAGAUAAUUGGUAAAGAAAGCUCUCUAGUGGACGUGCUGCCAGCUAGUGACAAAGAUGAAAGUUUCACAGCCUUGUCUCCUGAAGUACCAGAUGGCUCUUGGUGGAUCCUGCCUCCUCGGCGCCCCUACUCUGAAGCUGUCAGCUCUCUGAGGAGGACCUCAGCCUCCCCUGGUAGCUGUAACCUCCCUCUGCCUUCAGUGCAGCUGCGGCUUGAGCGCGGAAUUUGCAGCAGCACAGCUCACCAAAGGAGACCUCCCGGUGCCACCGCUCUGCCUCCCCCACAGCCCAAGACCCCAGUGCGCUGGGAUGCCUGGAUGCGAAACACCGUUCUGCCUUGCCAAGAUCAGUACUUUGUAGGAGGCCAGAACUAUAAUUGCCCGUAUUCCUCCGCUACAACGUCAGAAUCUAGUGUUGACGUUUCCAGGGAGACUUUGGUCUCUUUCUGGGCUGCUGGUCUCCUGGACGACAAAGAGCCCCAACAAGCACCACAGGCACAGGAAUCAUCCAGUGACUCCAAUUUUCAAGUUCUGGACUCAUGUUCCUGGGAAGAGGACCAGCUUUCCUCUCAGCUCUACAGGAACAAACAGCUCCAAGAUACUCUGGUACAGAAGGAAGAAGAACUUGCUAGGUUACAUGAGGAGAAUAAUCACCUCAAACAGUACCUGAAUUCUGCACUGGUUAAAUGUCUUGAGGAAAAGGCCAAGAAAUUGUUGUCAUCAGAUGAGCUCUACAAAGCAUAUGGGAAAUUCAGAAGUGGGAAGAGGAAACCCAAGGAGCAGAGGUAUUGUUCUGUUGAGAUUCCUCAUCCAAAAAAUGCCAAGAGAAAUCUCUCCAGUGAAUUUGCUGCCUGUGAAAAGCAGCCUGGGCCCUCUGUGGACCCUUGGGUCCUUCAAACACUUGGAUUGAAAGAUCUCAACACCAUUGAUGACACCUUAUCAGCUAACUACAGUGCCUCUUCCUUCCAUCCCACAAGGAUCUCCAGUGCAUUUCAUCAGUUUCCAGAUGAUGCAAUUAGCUAUGAAAAUGCCCCCAGGGAGGACCUGCUGAUUGACUAUGGAAGUGACAGGACAACCUCUCUACAACACACUGCCAGUCACAGGGAAAGCUUUCACUUCCUUCCUCAGCUUCCAAAUCCUCCUGGAGGGGAGCAAGCCCUUCAGUACUAUACUGCUGAUGUGUCCCCCAACAAGACAGAGGUGGCUUUUUCCACAUCCCUGAGCCCUCACUGUAAUGUGAAAACACAUUCCUUCCACCAGGGACAAGCUUUUGUGCGUCGUGACGAGGAGGGAGGUUGGAAGUUUACCUGGGUCCCUAAGCAGUCUUAG